AAUUUCAGGGCCUAUAAAUGUAGGAUUUCAAUAGCGUAUCAUCCAGCUCGUAUCUCACGGUACAACCAACCACAGCAUCAGCGUAUACAGCGGACAAGUUUCAGUAUGGCUCGAGCCCCUUCAGUCUGGAUGCAUUUCAAAGAUGCGUUCCCUGGAGACAUCAUUCGCAACGAGAUUCUUGUUCCUAAAGAUGGUUUUGUACUUGAUACUUACUACUGCACCAUGAGCUGGAAUGGCGGGAUGGAAGGUGGAGGCUAUUGUGGUCUUCAGGAUCACCCGAAGGGAAAAGCGUUCAUCUACUCAAUUUGGGACCCAAAACAAACCAAGUCCAUUCCUAUCAAAGCAGCCUACAAGGGACUGUGGACCGAGGUGGCCAAUUUUGGUGGAGAGGGAACUGGACUCCGAUCCUUAAACUUCUCCAUUGGUUGGAAGCCGGAUCAGUGGUAUACCCUGGUGUCCAGAGUGUGGGACGUCAAUGGCCAUACCUUCUUUGGCUUCUGGAUCCAUGACCAGACCGAUCACCACUGGUCACACAUGAUCACCAUGGAUUUCCCCGUGAAGCAGGUCAGGUUCAAUUCUGACACGAGCCUUUUCCUAGAAGACUGGGCGGGGACUGGACAGAACGCGCGCAAAGGUCACUACCGUCAGGGUUUCAAGAGGAAAGUCGACGGCAGCUGGUUCCCCUUCACAAAGACGAGUUUCAGUGUCGUCGUUGAAUCAUCCACUCACAACCACGCCAACAACUAUGACGCUGGGGUGGAGAAGGACUAUUUGUACAUGGCUAGCGGAGGUCAGGUCCAUACGUCGCCAGGAAUCGGACUUCACGCCAAUUUAGAACUACCAAGUCAUCAUGCUUCCCCUCCUGAUCCUCCGAUCAGCUUCAGCAUCACCAAGGCAAAGCCAGAUGUCGUGGAGUGGCAGGUCCUAGCGUCGUCCACGCCGCAGUUUCACUACAGCAUUGUCCGGAACGGCACACAGAUUGCAUCGGGGACUGACACGGAGAGGAGAAGUCACCCAAUACAUGGAGCUCGAGCUGGGGACACCCUUGAGAUUCACCUUGAGGACAUCCUGGGUAAGACAUCCACCAAGUCUGUGAAGAUCUCGGCUUAGACAGGCAUGCUUGGGACCACAUUGGGGACAGUUUUGGGAAGACAUCCACCAAGCCUGUGAAGAUAUCGGCUUAGACAGGCAUGCUUGGGACCACAUUGGGGACAGUUUUGGGAAGACAUCCACCAAGUCUGUGAAGAGCUCGGCUUAGACAGGCAUGCUUGGGACCACAUUGGGGACAGUUUGGGGAAGGCAUCCACCAAGUCUGUGAAGAUCUCGGCAUAGACAGGUAUGCUUGGGACCACAUUGGGGACAGUUUGGGGAAGACAUCCACCAAGUCUGUGAAGAUCUCGGCUUAGACAGGUAUGCUUGGGACCACAUUGGGGACAGUUUGGGGAAGACAUCCACCAAGUCUGUGAAGAUCUCGGCAUAGACAGGUAUGCUUGGGACCACAUUGGGGACAGUUUGGGGAAGACAUCCACCAAGUCUGUGAAGAUCUCGGCUUAGACAGGUAUGCUUGGGACCACAUUGGGGACAGUUUGGGGAAGACAUCCACCAAGUCUGUGAAGAUCUCGGCAUAGACAGGUAUGCUUGGGACCACAUUGGGGACAAUUUGGGGAGGACAUCUACCAGGUAUGUUCAGAACGAGUCCUAAACACGCUUCACAUUGAGGACAUCUUGGAUGACAUCGAGCAAGACUGUGAAAAUCUCAAACAGGUUCUAUUAACUACCAAUGAUUUCUUAAUUAUGCAUUGAUAUCCUUCAUGACUUGGACAUGUAUCUUAAUUGUAUCCUUAUAGUUUCAUGUAACUCCAUUCCUUUGUUUCAACGUUGUUGCUUAGAUUAGUAUAUAUACUAUUUAAAUGGGUAAAGAUAAUUUAGACCAUCAUCACCUCCCUAAAACUUCUGCUUCAAAAUGAAUAGCUUGAACUGUGAUCAAAUAUCAUAUUUUAUAUAUUGUGUAUGGUCUGUGAUCUGAAGUGUAUCGACUCAUAAUAAUAUAUGUAAUAAGAAAGUCAUUGUAUACACAUGAUAAAACUAAUUGUUUGAUUAUGAAGAUUGUGUAUAAAAUAUUAAUAACACAAUGACAUGUAGUGAAUAUAUGUAAGCAGUAUUAUACAUUUACGUUUGAAUAAAAACUACCUUUAUUGAUAGUAAUUGAAUGCACGUUAAUUGAAAUAUUAUUGACAGAAAUGAGGCAAUAGUUAAAUAUUGAUAAUGUUGCAAGCACGAUGUUUGAUUUCGACUAAUAGAAUCUUUAAUAAAAUAGAUAGAAAUACCAUGUAAAAAUAUUGUUAAAUAAUGAAAAUAUAAGUUUAAAACAUGUCGAUGACCAUCGCGAUACGGAGGAAGGUAACCUUUGUGUUUAUAAAUUCCAUAUAUAUCUUUCGGAUGAUUCCAUUCAAAUGUUGUUGUUUUUCCA